AUGGCACCAACUGCAGUAGCUGAUCGAAGAAUCAGAAGAAAAGCAAAGAAAAACUCCAAUCUCGCUAACAUGUCAGAUAAUAUCGAAACAUCAUCAGGGGCAGAGACUCCAGAAGUUGUAGACGAACAAGAAUUUGAAAAUGAUUUGGAUUAUUUAUUAACAAAUAAAGAGAAAACUGAAGGUGAAUUGGUUUACACAAGCACUGAAGAAAACAAAUCUAAUGAGAUUGUCAUUCAAGAUUCAUUUCAAGACAAGGCACUGAAUAAGAAAAAACAAAAUGGUCAACUGACAUCCAAGAAACCAAAAAAGUUCACUGUUGCCGAUAUAACUAAAGACAUGGAAGAUCUUGAUUUCUCAAGUGAUGAAGAUGAAGAUCAUCAAAACGUUAAAAAGGAAGACAAAUCCAAUCCAAAGGCAGCAGAUAAGAAGACAAAAAACAAAUUGAAUAAGAAAAAAAGUGAACGUAGUAUUAAUAAAUCAAAAUCGGAUUCAAGGAAGAAGAAUGAGUUGAGAAAAUCUAAAUCCACUGGUAAUAUAAAACCAAAGGUUGAUACUAGAGACAUAAAGAAAGAUUUGAUUGAUACAAGUCUCGAAGGAAAGGAUGUUGCAAAAGCCGCCGAGCAGAAACAUCAAAAACCAGAAAAAAACAAAAAGUCCAAGAAGCCAAAAUCUAAUAAAAAGACUAAACCAACCAAUACAAAAAACGAAAAUGAGACCAAGUCAGAGGAGGAUAAGGGCAAUUCUAGUCCAAACUCACCAACACCCGAAGUUUCACAAGAUUUAGAUGAAUCAGAACCAGGUGAUGUUACAAUUGAUAACGACAAUGAACAACCGGAAGAAACUGAAGAAGAAAUCCUUAGACGUAAACUCAAAAAUAAAAAGAGAAAAGAUAGAAGAAAGAAACGCGCUGCUUUGCUUAAAGAAGGUGCUGCAGAUACUCAAGAAGUCGAAGCUGCUGAUACCACCAAUGAUCACUCUAAAGAAAGUACACCAGAAGUUUCACCAGAAGUUGACAACAGUAACCCAUUUAGUAUAAAGUUGAGAUCAGUUAAGAGUACCACCAACAAGAAAUAUUCCGAAAACCUUCCAGAAGUGCAACCGAUAAAGACAAUUAUUGGUAUGUCUCAUCAGCAAAUUCUUCAUUCUGAUUUAUCUGAUGUGAAAAUCAAAACUUUAAUGACAUCUUCAUCUAUUUCCAAAUAUGCUGCUAAUUCAGUCAAGUUUGUUACUACACACGCAGAAGACUUAUUUGGUGAUUUUGAGAAAAAGAAGAUCUUUUUAACUUUGUGUAUUAAUGUUGCACUUUAUGAAUCUUUGGGAUUUAAGAAAACUGUCAAGAUUUAUCCUAAUGUUUUAGAACUAUUUGGAGGAUAUGAUGAAAUCAAUUUAGAAAAAACUCGUACCAAAUUAACUCCAUCAAAGAAAGAUAUCCAUCAAAAUAAUUUGGAUUAUUCUGUAUUGUCAUAUUUUGGUCAUAUAUUAAUUUGGGCAGCACAUCAACAACGUCAAGGGAAAGUUCCAAUUUUCACAGAAAAAUUUGAUAUUACAUUAACUAACAAUGAAGUACGCUCCAAACUUGGUGGAUAUCAUUUAUGGGAUAAAUUGUUUAGAGAAUUAAAAGGAAUGAAUUCUAAAAGAUGGAAACAUGUCAUUAAGUUCAGAAAUGCUUUUCAAUAUGAAGAAGAUCAAUUUAUGAUUAUUCUUAGAUUCAUGUCAAUUGAUGAUAAUAUUCCUUAA